UGGCAGAUCGAUGUGACGAGGGAGUAGGAAGUCGUUUUUGUGUGUGUGCGCGUCGCGGGUUGCUGCGACUUGCCGUCGGUUCAUGUUUUAGGAUGGCAGGACCCCGCUGGAUCGGGUGUUGUUGAUGGCAUACACAACUCUACAUGUCAGUACGCUGAGGCUAGAGACAUGUUCGUGUUUUGUAGCUGUAAACGCGGCCACGGGAUUUAAACUGCCAUUGGACAUCGCGCAUAUUGAAGAAAACAUCAAUAUGAGGAAAUGGAAAAGAAGCUGCCAGUUUCCACACACUCCACAUCCGUACCUCAGGCAGCCUUUCAUUUUAAUUCUACUUCAGUUGAUUUAUCCUUCAGUAAUGAUAAAGCGCCUGAAUGGCAUAGCACUCCCAAAAAGAAGACACAGCCACAGAUUCCUUCAUCUAGAAAGCCUUCAGCUUCAAAUCAAAUACUUUGUAACGUAACAGCUACAACGUCACAUGACAGCGACCGUGCCAUUUCAAGCACACCUUUAGCUGGGAUUCGUGCCCCUGUCCUGGGUGGAAAAUACUUACAGAGUUCUCCUAGUUUGUCUGAAGAUUCAGUUGUUAACCAGCAACACAGAGAGCUUCAGCUAUUGAUUGCAGAACUCAAAGACCAAGACAAAGAGUUGAAUAAUAUGUCGGAGGCACACAAGAAACAGCUGAUCGGUUGGGAGAAGGAUCGUCAGCGAAUAUUAGCCUUGGAGGAGCGAUCUGCUAAAUUAGAAAAAGAGCUGCAUAAAAAAAAAGAAAUUAUUCAGACCCUAACUCAGCGGCUUAAGAUCACUGAAAGUCAAAAGCAGGAACUUUUAGACAAGGAGCAGAAGGCAAAUAACCAGUGCCAGAUUCUUCAGGAAACAAACCAAAGUCAAAAUUCUACUAUAAUAGAAUUGUCACGUCAAGUUGGACAAUUACAAAUGAGCGAACAAGAGCUUACAGGUUUAUUAAAAUCCAAGGAUAAAGACAUGAUAGAAGCCACUGAACAUAUUGUAAACAUGACUACAGAGAUUCAGAGGUUGGAUGCUAUGCUAAAUGAGAGCAGAAAAAGGGAAACUGACGUUAAGAUGGAGGCACAGAAAUAUAAACAGCAGAUGCGGGAAGUAAGGCAUGAAAUGAAGAGCCUAAAAGAAGACGUAGUAGAGAAAACAUCAGAAAACAGCAGGCAAAGAGAAGAUAUCAUUCGUCUCAAACAAGAAAACCAGCUCCUGAGAAAUGAGCUCAGUUUAUUGGGUGAAAGAGAGCAAAGGAAAAAUGAACUGUUGAACCUAGCCAAGUCAAAGCAGGAUCGUACAGACUCAGAGUUACAGUGUCUUCGUCAGGUGUGUGAAAACCAGCAAAAUGAUUUGGAGCUUCUCUACCUGAGUCUAAACUCUCAGGCAGGGUUGCAGAAGCUGGAAGCUUGGGGACGCAGUUUAAGUGACAGAAGCCAUGAUUUCAAGACACAUAGUUUGGAACUUCCAGUCAAAGGGCGGAACACACCACAAAGAGGGUCGAUCCAACAAAAUGACUCUUUUGGUUCAAAUGUUUCACUUGUAAAUGGUGACCUUAACCACAAGGGUGAUUCUCAAGAUGAAUUGUCAAGCACCCAAAACAGCCAGAUCCAGCGAAUGAUAGCUGAAUCAAAACAGAUAGUAGCCAGUCUGGAGAGGCACACUUCGGUGCCUGUCAGUCCAGCACACAGUUUAAGCAGCAGGGAAAGUGAAUCACAUCUUAGGGAUCAGUCAACAGCUAGCCUUCUCAACCUGGAUGCACUUGACAUUCGUUAAGCAGAAAGGACACAUCAGACAUUUUGGACUCGGACCUGAACAUUCUUAGGUUUGAAACGUAGGAUAUCAUUUCAGAAAUAAUGCAUAACUGAAAGGCCAUGUAAUGUCACGAGUGUGAGGUGCAUACUGCUGAAAAGACUGUCUCAAUUUAUAUUUACAUGGAAGGAAAACAACCCGGCACUUUUUGGAAUAUAUUGAAAUACUGUCCAAAAAAGGCAAAUUGCAGACUCGACUUGCUUUAAAGAAACUGAAUGAGCAUUGCUACCACUGAAUAAUUUGAAUGUUGUUAAUUUAUAGGCAGAUUAAAUAUACUCAUCCUUUGCUCAUUCAGGAACAUUUAAUGUAAAAAAGCCUAAUUCUUUUUUUAAAGCUUUUUGGUUUUUUUUAUUUACACCUAGUGGGUGUUUUUCAUCUAUUGGAAAAAUAAUUAAAUUUUAAUUAAUGUAACUCCAUUGUAAUUACUAAAGAAAUAUACCCUUUUAAAGUAUGGUAUUUAUAAUCAGUUUUGCUUAUAUUUAAAGGGAUACUCCACCCAAAAAAAUACUGAGUUAUAUGUUACCCUGUCUAGUUUGUCAUGGUGGCUGAAUUAAAUACCCACCUACCCCCACAUUCAUUGGUCAGGAGCCCUGUCUUCAAUUCAAAAGUGUGUUGGUAUUUAUAAAGCAUAUUUUUAAAAAUAAAAUUAUUUUUUGGUGGAGUAUGCUUUUAAUUUCUCCCAUAUUUAUCUGUGUAUAUAACAAAUUCAGUUCUUUAUGGUCAAAAUGGUUUCCAGUUAAUUGAGCAGCAUAUAUGGUGAGCUUAUGUGGACUCUACCAGUCAAGCGGCCUCAUUAAACUUGUGCCCCAUUCCCUUGUACAGUACAUGCUGCGAUGUCAAGAGUUUAUAGCAGGGCUGCUCAGCUCAUAUCUUGGAGAUUCUUCUGAAUAAGAACUGUAAAAGGUAUUUGCUAAUUCCUGGUUUAAUUAGACCUUUGAUUGUUCCCAUUAUUAGACUGAAUUAUUGUAAUCAAAGCAUAUUUACUUAAUGUGGAACUACUUUUACAUAUAUGUUAAUAGUACUAGGGUGUUGUUACCGUGUUAGCCAUUAUGAAUGUAGUGAAAAGUCAAGCAAAAUGACACUUUUUAUUGCUAACUAAAAAGAUUACAAUAUAAAAGCUGUCUUAGGCAACUCAGGCCCCUUCUAAGAUGUCUUACUUACAGGUUUUCUGAUGCUGUACCUGUCCUGGUCUCUGUAUAAACGCAGGGAACUCCAGUUUCUGUAUUACAUCAUGGCUGAAGAAGGGGCAAUGACUUACCUUGAAAGCUUCAAUAUUGUAAUCUUUUUAGUUAGACAAAAAAUGGUGUCAUUUUGCUUGACUUUUCACUACAUAUAUGUUAAGAAUUUUAACUUUCAGAACCUCACAUGAGCCAAUUCUUGAGUUUAGACCUGCUGUAUUUAAAUAAUUUUUAAGUGUCUAUAAUGCUGAUAAGAGUGGAAGAAUAGAGCCACUUACUCAAAUAAGCAAAUGAGUCUUUUAUUGACAUUGUCGCACUUCAUUUAAGAUUUCUUCUUUUUUUAAAUAACCAUCAAAUAAGAGCAAAUGCUAAACAACUUAAAGUGUAUUUAGUGUUGCUCAACUUGGUGCGUUAUUAUAACAGUUUUAUAAAAUUCCACAUUAUAAUUUAGUUCUAAAUUAGAUGAGUGCAGAUAUUGGAUAAAUGAAAGUCUGAUUAAACCAGGGGUUCAGUUACUGCCAGGACUUCACCUCUGAACAGCACUUUGGCUAUAGAGAAGUUCAGCAGUCAUUGGGAUACUUCAUAGACUGACUUGACCACCCCAGCAGUCCUAAAUAGUUACUCCAGUUUUGCUUGACGUUAUAGCUCUGUACUGAAAGGGAAAACAAUUGUUUUUUUGUUUUGUUGUUUUUUUAUUUUAUUCUUUGAAUAGUAAAGUGUACUAAUCAAUGAGAUCCCCUCUGUAAUAUGACUGUGCAAACAACUCUGCCAAUUUUAAAAGGAUCCUUUACAUGAAACUAAAGAAAUAUGAUAUCCUGACGUGUAAAGACUGUUAACAGACCCUGCCUUUUUAUGUACUGUUCAUAACCAUGUACAUUUCUUUUGUAGUGUAUAUGUGUGUAUAUAUUGUGUAUACAUUAUAUUUUUUAUAACAAAAAAACAGGCAAUCUCGACUAUUCAUUUUACAAAUAAAUGACUUUGUUAAAAGUCUAGUCAUAAAACAUGCUUUUAAACUAAGUGAAUUUUUUGAAUGUAUUUUGGAUUUAUAAGCAAAUUUGGUAAUUGUAAAAUCAGUAUUAAUAUGAAGGAAUAGGCCAAAGUGAAAACUCUGUGCUAGAAAAUAAAAAUAAAAGGUGUAAAAACA